CGGGAGAGCCGCGCGCGCUCGGGACGCUUCCGGUUCUAUUUCCGCUUCCGGUGCGGCGGCCGGGCCGGCUGAGGGGGGGCGAAGCGGCGGCGGCGGCUCCUGACCCUACUCCGUUCCCGGACCGCGCUCCUCUCCCUCUGCCCUCACACCGCACUCCGGGCCUUUCCCCGGCCCGGUGCCGGGGCCGAGGCGGCGGCGCUGCCCCCCAUGAGGAUGGAGGCCCGGGAGGCGGCGCGGGCCCGGCCCGGCCCGGCCUUGAAGGGUUUCGGCGGCGAGAGCAAGUUUUUCCUCCCCAAACUCAGCAGCUUCUCCUGUCGUGCUGGGAACUCCUCCUGCUCCCUCAGCUACACCCCAGGGAAUUUUGGGGGUUUUUUCCCCUCAGAAAUCCCUGAGAGGUUCCCGGGAGCCAACGGGCAGUGGAGGAGCUCCAAACCCCGGGGCAGCCGCAAAACUCCCAGCGGGACCCCCGGCCCUUUUGGGGGGAAGCCCUCCCUGCUGGGGGGCUCCUUCCCCCUCAAGCCGGCCCCCAGCCCCUCCUGGAGCCGCCGCAGCCCCAAGAAGGCCCCGAGGCGCUUCCUCAGCACGGCCGAGGAGACCGUGCGGGAAGAGGAGCGGGAGAUUUACCGGCAGCUGCUGCAGAUGGUGACGGGCAAGAGAUUCUCCAGCUGCAAACCCUCCCCUCUGCUCCCCUUCCACCUCUCUCGCUGUUCCCGUUCCGGCCCCUCCCUGUCCCAGGAGGUUCCCAAGGAUGAUCCCGAGGCUCUGGAAAUUCACAAAAUUCCCGUUCCUGUUCCACGUUCCCCAGAACCGCCCCAGAAUUCCCAAAAUUCCCCCCUGGGCUCCUCCCUGGGCUUUCCUGGGGGGUUCCAGCCCCGGAAUUCUGCAGCCCCACAGCAGAGGGAGGAGAAGCCGGGAGCUGAGGCACAGAAUGAAGGGUCAGAUUCCGUCAUUUUGCUCAAGGUCAAGGAUUCCAAGACUCCAGCUCCAAGCCUCCCCUUUUUCCAAGCCGAGCUGUGGAUCAAAGAGCUGACCAGUGUCUACGAUUCCCGAGCCAGAGAGAGGUGGAGACAAAUAGAGGAGCAGAAAGCUCUGGCCCUGCAGCUCCAGAGCCAGCGGCUGCAGGAGCAGGAGCAGGCGCUGCAGGAGCCGGUGCAGCUGCAGCUGCGCGUGCCCCUGGAGAAGGAGAUCCCGGUGGCCGUGGGAGCCCCGGAGCCAGAGCGAGCCCGGCCCGGCCCCGCCGACGACGACUUCCCCGAGAUCACCGAGGAGAUGGAGAAGGAGAUCCGGGGCCUGUUCCGGGCCGGGAACCAGGACGAGGUGCUGAGCGAGGCUUUCCGCCUGACCAUCACCAGGAAGGACAUCCAGACCCUCAACAACCUCAACUGGCUCAACGACGAGAUCAUCAACUUCUACAUGAACCUGCUGAUGGAGAGGAGCAGGCAGCAGCCCCUGCCCGCCCUGCACGCCUUCAACACCUUCUUCUUCACCAAGCUGAGGUCGGGGGGGUACCCGGCCGUGCGCAGGUGGACCAAGGCCGUGGACAUCUUCUCUGUGGACCUGCUGCUGGUGCCCAUCCACCUGGGCCUGCACUGGUGCCUGGCGGUGGUGGAUUUCAGGAAGAAGAGCAUCACCUACUACGACUCCAUGGGGGGCAUCAACAGCGAGGCCUGCAGGAUCCUGCUGCAGUACCUGAAGCAGGAGAGUCUGGACAAGAAGAAGAAAGAAUUCGACACCAACGGCUGGACCCUGCUCAGCAAAAAGAGCCAGGAGAUCCCACAGCAGAUGAACGGCAGCGACUGCGGGAUGUUCGCCUGCCGCUACGCCGAGUGCAUCUCCAAGGACAAACCCAUCAACUUCACCCAGCAACACAUGCCCUACUUCAGGAAGAGGAUGGCCUGGGAGAUCCUGCACAGGAAGCUGCUCUGACAGCAGAACGUUCCAGAACAUUCCAGAACUAAAUCCGGAACCUUCCGGAACCCCCCGGAACCUUCCGGAACCCCCCCAGAACCAUUCCGGAACCAUUCCGGAACAUUCCACCGGGGCUCCUCGCGGGGGGGGGGGGGGCGGCCGCGGCGGCUCCGGCUCCUCCCGACCCCCCCCCCCCGGAUCUGGGAGAUGGAAAAGUCCGGAAGCGCCUCGGCAGCUCGGGGAAUUUUGGGGGAAUUUUGGGGGAAUUUUUGGGGGAAUUUUUGGGGGAAUUUUGGGGAAUUUUUGGGACAUCCCAGGAUGGAUUUUCCCCCCCUUUGGACCUCCGGGAAAUUUGGGAAUUUUUGGGGCUUUUUUGGGGUUUUCAGGGAAAAUCCAAAUUUGGGGAUUUUAUCCCUGGAUUGGCAAGAAUUCCCUUUUUUUCCACCCAAAAUUGGGCAAUAAUUCCCAUUUUUCCACCCAAAAUUUGGGGAAUAAUUCCCAUUUUUCCCACCCAAAAUUUGGGGAUUUUUAUCCCCUGGAUUGGGAAUAAUUCCCAUUUUUUCCACCCAAAAUUUGGGGACUUUUAUCCCCUGGAUUGGGAAUAAUUCCCAUUUUUUCCAGCCAAAAUUUGGGGAUUUUUAUCCCCUGGAUUGGGAAUAAUUCCCAUUUUUUCCCCCCAAAAUUUGGGGAAUAAUUCCCAUUUCUCCACCCAAAUUUCAGGAAUAAUUCCCAUUUUUCCACUCAAAAUUCAGGAAUAAUUCCCAUUUUUUCCACCCAAAAUUUGGGGAAUAAUUCCCAUUUCUCCACCCAAAUUUCAGGAAUAAUUCCCAUUUUUUUCCACCCAAAAUUUGGGGAUUUUUAUCCCUUGGAUUGGCAAUAAUUCCCAUUUUUUCCUCCCAAAAUUCAGGAAUAAUUCCCAUUUUUUCCUCCAAAAUUUAGUGAAUAAUUCCCAUUUUUUCCACCCAAAAUUUGGGGAAUAAUUCCCAUUUCUCCACCCAAAUUUCAGGAAUAAUUCCCAUUUUCUCCACCCAAAAUUUGGGGAAUAAUUCCCAUUUCUCCACCCAAAUUUCAGGAAUAAUUCCCAUUUUCCCACCCAAAAUUCAGGAAUAAUUCCCAUUUUUUCCACACAUAUUUCAGGAAUAAUUCCCAUUUUUCCACCCAAAAUUUCAGGAAUAAUUCCCAUUUUUCCACCCAAAAUUUGGGGAAUAAUUCCCAUUUUCCCACCCAAAAUUCAGGAAUAAUUCCCAUUUUUUCCACCCAAAUUUGGGUAAUAAUUCCCAUUUCUCCACCCAAAUUUCAGGAAUAAUUCCCAUUUUCUCCACCCAAAAUUUAGUGAAUAAUUCCCAUUUCUUCCACCAAAAUUUGGGGAAUAAUUCCCAUUUUUCCACCCAAAUUUCAGGAAUAAUUCCCAUUUUUCCACCCAAAUUUCAGGAAUAAUUCCCAUUUUUUCCACCAAAAUUUCAGGAAAUAAUUCCCAUUUUUCCACCCAAAUUUCAGGAAUAUUUCCCAUUUUUUCCACCUAAAUUUCAGGAAUAAUUCCCAUUUUUUCCACCCAAAUUUAGUGAAUAAUUCCCAUUUUUUCCACCCAGAUUUCAGGAAUAAUUCCCAUUUUUCGCCCAAAUUUCAGGAAUAAUUCCCAUUUUUCCCACCCAAAUUUCAGGAAUAAUUCCCAUUUUUCCACCCAAAUUUCAGGAAUAAUUCCCAUUUUUCCCACCCAAAUUUCAGGAAUAAUUCCCAUUUUUUCCACCCAAAAUUUAGGGAAUAAUUCCCAUUUUUCCACCCAAAAUUUAGUGAAUAAUUCCCAUUUUUCCCACCCAAAAUUUGGGGAAUAAUUCCCAUUUCUCCACCCAAAUUUCAGGAAUAAUUCCCAUUUUUUCCACCCAAAAUUCAGGAAUAAUUCCCAUUUUUUCCACCCAAAAUUUAGUGAAUAAUUCCCAUUUUUUCCACCAAAAUUUGGGGAAUAAUUCCCAUUUUCCCACCCAAAAUUCAGGAAUAAUUCCCAUUUCUCCACCCAAAUUUGGGGAAUAAUUCCCAUUUUUCCCACCCAAAUUUCAGGAAUAAUUCCCAUUUUUUCCACCCAAAUUUCAGGAAUAAUUCCCAUUUUUUCCACCCAAAUUUCAGGAAUAAUUCCCAUUUUCCCACCUAAAAUUCAGGAAUAAUUCCCAUUUUUUCCACCCAAAAUUGGGGAAUAAUUCCCAUUUUUUCCACCCAAAAUUCAGGAAUAAUUCCCAUUUUUCCACCCAAAUUUCAGGGAAUAAUUCCCAUUUUUUCCUCCAAAAUUUAGUGAAUAAUUCCCAUUUUCCCACCCAAAUUUGGGGAAUAAUUCCCAUUUCUCCACCCAAAUUUCAGGGAAUAAUUCCCAUUUUUUCCACCAAAAUUUGGAAUUUUAUCCCUGAAUUGGGAAUAAUUCCCAUUUUUGGCCCUUUUUUCCCAUUUUUCCACCCCAACUUUGCUUUUUUCAGGGAUAAAUCCCCAAAACCUGGAGAAUUUUUGGCAAUUUUUGGCAAUUUUUGGCAAUUUUCCCCAAUCCCAGAACCAAAAAGCCCAAAAUCCCGGAAUUCCUUCAUUUCCCCCCCCCCAAAAAAUCCGAUUUUUUUCCCCCACCUUUUUUUUUUUGCAUUUAUUUAUUCCCAAAUUUUUUUAACCCUUCCCAAACCUCGGAAUUUUGCCCUUCCUGGUGUGAAAAGAAGAUUUUUUCAAGCAGAAAAACGGGGGAAAAUCCCAAAUUUUUGU